GUGUUUGGAAACUUUUUUUUAUUAAAGUUUCUAGACUGAUUGUAUACAUACAUAUAUACAUACAUGUACUCAGUUUUCAUACACUCAUAAUCAAACGACAAUUUAUAAAUUACAAGUGUACGUGUAUCUAAAGAAGCUGACAGCUCUUUCAGGUUUUCCCCGCUGAGUAAUGAUGCAAUUAGCUAUAGCAGCUAAUACAAAGCAAUACCAGAACUAAACAUUUAACAUUUAUAUCUCGACGUGUGCAUACGCUAGUCGUUUAACAAGCCGUAUAAUGUGGGCAAAUAUUCGAACGCUAUUUUCUCACCUAAUGCCUACCAGUGAUAGCACAGCGCCAGUGCUGAGUGUAGAUUAUAAUGUAAUAUGGCCACAUAACAAUCCAGCGAUAAAAUUAACUACGUUUGGUCUGCAAUUGCUGCAAAGGUGUACAAAUGUCAAUAAACCAGAUGACGGAAAAAUAAGUAUUGAAAGCUUUAUGGCGCAGUCGGACAGCUUUCCUUUACAAUUUGGCACCAACACAUGUCGUGUAAUGAGUCAGCCCGUGCAACGCCAUUCAGCAAUCACAAAGCAAAUUGCAUCUGCGUAUCCUUUGAUACAUGAAAGGGUACUCUACUUGUAUUUAGCAUUUUUAGAGCAUAAAAGCAAAUAUGGUAACGAUAUAGAACGCGAGAUUUAUGCGGACAUUACACUCACUGCACUUGUACAAAGGCUUUUGGUUAAACGUUGUGCUGCAUUUUAUGGUUGUAUAGAUAAAUAUCUGCUCAUGACAGGCGAAAAAAGUUAUGGUGGUUUUUGUGAAGUUGGCACUGACGAUGAAAAAGCACCGCUGCAGUUGAAAAAUGUUUUGAGUUAUGAUGAAAUUAAGCUCUCCGCUUUUCUCUCAAUUUCUUCACAAACUGAAUUCAUAAAUGAUGGCAAUCGUUAUAAUGAAGGCGUAGUUGAGGUUGACAAAUCGAAAAUCGAGACAGAGGGUAUUGUAAUCGGCAUGAUUGGUGGACGCUUCCAAGUUAAAGAGACCAUGGAGUGGCAAGAUAUAAUGAUAACUGCCACACAGAAUACAAAGGAGAAUGGCUAUGGUUUCACAGCGCAGGAGGCAGCGCUGGCUAAUAAACGUAGUGUAGAUUAUCGUCGAAUUUGGAUAGAUUUUUAUGAAGAAGCGGAUUUAUUAUACGAGAAGGUUAACGCACAGCACUCAAAGCGUUUUUUCAAAGGACCACAUGCCAAUUACAUUUUUGAUAAUUUAAUGAUGAAAAAACGCUAUGCUAUCGCCUUCGAUACAUUAUUAUUAGAAGCAGAAUCACGCGGUGCUUACCUUAAUAAACAAAUAUAUAUACAUGUGGUGGGCAUAGGUUUGGGUUCGUGGAGAGCGGUACCGCAGCAAGAAAAAAUAUUUUUAGAGACUUUUAGCGAACGUUUGCAACAGCUAUUGCCGCAUUUGUCGCACAUUUCUGUAGUGCACUUCUCCUAUUUCGUUUUAUCCGCUUGGUCAAAUCUGCAGGAUGGCGAUUUGUUGAUGUCGGAAACGCACCCAGAAGGAGGUAUUAAAAUAUUUAUGAGCAAUCGCAAUCCCUCGGAAAAGCUGCCACCGGAGUUUGAAAAUAUGUUGGUGGUGGAGUCAUAUGCUUGGGCUGGCAAUGCAUUACCCGGCAACGAUUUUUGGCUGGGUGCCUUAGCUUCUUCGGGGGAUCCUGCCGCUGCGUGCAGUACUCUCAUUUCUGAACUGCACAAUCCACACAUUAACACAGAAAUGGUAAACGGCAACAAUUUGCACAUUGCAUCUCCUCGAUAUGGCGUCUUGCAUAUUGCAGAUUAUGCAAAGAAAGUUUUACAACAAUUUAAGCCUUGUUAAAAUAUAUUUUUAUAUAAGUGAGCAUAAUAGCAAACUUUUACGAAAUCAAUAUAGUUUUAUAAAAAUAAAAAAACUAUAGUUAUUUCCGCUCACUAAAUGUGUAAAGAAUUUGUUGUUGUUUCAGUAAAUAAUUAAUUUAACAGAAAUGUUUUGCAAUACGUUCAAAAAGCUAGUAACCGGAAAUUAUUUAUAAAAUGUUCAAUAUUCUACUGCAAACAACAAUAGUUGGCAACGCGGCAGAUCAGCUGUUUCGUCUCUUUGUUGCUUUUCCCAAUUGGAUUUCAUCAGUCAGUUUUCGUUUACAAAUUGCAUAUAGACAGGUAAAAAUUGCGUUUCUGACCCACUUUCCGUUUCCCUCCAGAGUACGUAGAUUUAUAUAUAAUUAUAUGUAUACUAUAUAUUAACUGCGCAACCAAAGCAAAGAACAAAACAAAUUAGCAAAUUCAAUCUGCAGUGUAAAACAAAAACAAAAAUGAAAGUGAAAAUGUAUGGGUCAAUUCACAUUGUGAAAUAUUAAAUUCUCUGAAGUUCAUUGCAACGCCGGGUAAUAAAUUCCGACGCAUGAGUGGACAAUGCUCAAUUGGACUGCGAACGUUUACAUAGUAAGUUAAAAAACACGUUUAGCCUAUACAAACCACACAUUGACGCAUAAACUUAUAUUGCUGUUAAAAAAAUUUAAUACAUAUCUAAGCAUUCGACGUCAUUUAAGAAACACAACAAGGCAACAUACAUUUACACACAAAAAGCCGUCUAUAAAUUAUCAAGCAAAUAUGUCAAGUUUCGGUGCAGAUUUUGAGGAGGUUUGGCCUAAGCCAGGUUCAACAAUAAAAUUCACAGAGUUUGGUACAAAAUUAUUGCAAAAGUGUUUAAAGGUUGAAAAGCCGGAUGUGAGCCAUAUUGAUGUUAAAAGCUUCAUCAAGAAGUCGUCUAACUUUCCAGUAGAGUUCGGAACCAAUACCUGUCGUGUAAUAAGUCAACCAAAAGAGCGUCAUCCAGAAAUCGUGAAGCAAAUCGCUUCUGCCUAUCCAAUAAUACAUGAACGAGUUUUGGGCUUGUAUCUAGCAUUCUUGGAACACAAAUGCAAAUAUGGAAAUAAACGCGAACUUGAGCUAUACCAAAAGCUGUCGCUCACCGAUUUUGUGCAACGCCUGCUGGCAAAGCGCUGUGUUAGUUUCUUUGGUAAAAAUGAUAAAUAUCUUUUAUUAUCACGACAUCGUGGCUGCAGUGGCUUCUUGGAUAUUGGCACGGAUGGCGAGAAACCACCGUUGCUGCUAGUAGACGUGCUCUGCUAUGAUGAGAUCAAGCUCUCCGCAUUUCUUUCAGUUUCCUCACACACGGAGUUCCUCAAUGACGGCAAUCGCCAGAAUUGUGGCGUUAUUGAACGCAAUAAAACGCGCAUUGAAACGGAUGGCGUCAUAAUUGGUCUCAUUGGCGCACGACUUGUGCGAUGCGAUGUUAUGGAAUACCAGGAUAUCAUAAUUACCAGCAAACAAAACACGAAAGAAAAUGGUUACGGUUUGCCUAUCGACGCGGAGACAAAUACACGUCCAGCCGAUUACAGGCGCGUAUGGAAGCAGUUCUAUGAAGAGCGUGAUUAUCUGUAUGAGCAGGUGACGCUUGAUGGCAAACGUUUCGGUAAUGCGCGUGCACAAAAGAACAUCUUCGAUAAUGUGCUGAUGAAAAAACGUUACACGAUCUCCUUUGAUACGCUGCUACUGGAGAGCGAGGCACGUGCGGCGGCGGCAGGCAAGCAAGCUUAUAUACAUGUGGUUGGCAUUGGUUUGGGCGUAUGGCGCGCGGCCGAGCAACAAGAGAAAGUAUUUCUGGAAACCUUUGCGCAACGUUUGAAGUUGUUGUUGCCCAAAUUAACGCAUGUGGGUGUGGUGCACUUCUCUUGGUUUAAGCUGAGCGAAUGUGGCGAUUUGAAGCACGGUGGUAUUUAUAAAUCGGCCACACAUCCUGAUGGCGGUAUACGUACAUUUUUGUCAAAACGCAAUCCAGCAGACAAGCUGGUGAGCAUAAAUAUGAAAUCACCUGAGCUGGAGAAUAUGCUGCUUAUCGUCUCAUAUGCUUGGGACGGCAAUGCGUUGCCAGGCAACGAGUUUUGGAUGAAAAUGCUGAAGUCCACCGGCGAUUCUUCCACAGCCUGCAGCACGCUCGUCACCGAGCUGCAUAAUCCGCAUAUCAAUACGGAGCUGGUGAAUGGCGCUAAUUUGCACAUUGCCUCCGAAAAGCAUGGCGUAUUACAUAUAUCAGAUUAUGUUAAAAAUAUAUUUGAAUGAGUGCAUGUGUCGGCGUAAAGCUUAACGCAGCAAUUAUUGUUGUUAUAUAAUUUUCUUUGAGUUUUUAUUAAAACUUAAUUGUGCAAUUUUUUUUUUAAAUAAGU